AUGUCUUUUAGCUUUUUAUUGAUAACUCUCCUGUUUGGAAGUGGUAGCUUCUUAACAAUGGAGAGAGAUGAAGCUGCUGGACGUACAAGUCCAUCAUCAGGCUGUGUUCUGCCUAAAGCAUGUCCAAUGACUGGCUAUGAGGACUGGUACAGAGUGGGGUCACGGUGUGUCAAAUAUUUCAGCAACCCUCUCAACUUCACUGCAGCUGAGUUUAGCUGCAGAAGCAAAGCCACUGGUGGACACCUGGUGUCAGUGCAUAACUCAAAGGCUAAUGGUGAUGUGCUCUGCAUUGUGAUCAAGUUUAACCCACACAACCUGCGCAUCUGGAUCGGAGGCUUUGAGCUUUUUCAGUCUGGUAAAUUUGUCUGGACUGAUGGUUCUUCCUGGAACUAUCAAAUUUGGACACCUGGUGAGCCCAACCACAUGUACACUAGCUCGGAGGAAUGCGUUGAGAUGAACUGGAAAGAGACUGGAAGAUGGAAUGACGAUUCUUGUUACGCCAAGAAAAACUACAUAUGUGCCUUCAAACAAAAUGCCAUCUUAAAACCAGGCUCUGUGAAGUAG